GGUGUUGGUUUUGAACGACUUGAGAUAACAUAUUUCUCAAAGUUAUAAUAUACCCUACUAUUUCAUCAUUGUACACUCGCUGUUCUGCAACAGUCUUUUCCAAAACCGAAAGUAACAUCUGUCUGACAUAAAAUCAUACAGUAUUAAGAUUGGAUUUUUAUUUUCUUUCCUGAAUAUAUUACUGCUUUGAAAUGACGAGACCAACAACUCAAUCGUUCCAACAGGUGAGCAUCCGGCCAGAAGCUGGGAGUCAUCAAUUUGUUCAACAGUGCCACAUCGAAGAAAGUGCCCAUAUUCAAGAGCAAGAAAAGUUUGAAGAAAACUUACUGCAGAGAUGUCCUGCCUAUCUUUGGCCUGGAAAUUCUUACCAGAAAGCGUGUCCCCGGCCCAUUCUGAUCACCAAGAAGCACCAAAAACAGCUAGAAGAAUUGCAUGAGGCAUUGACUCUAGCAAUCACGGAUAUUGUAGAAAGAUGGUGGAUCGACCAAGACGCGCAUUUUUCUGAUCGUAUGCCACUCGAACCACAAGAAGAACAGCUUCUACGCUGGAUCGAAACUCAAAUCAUCAACAACAAAUUCCCGAUUUACCGCGAGUGUCGUGGGUCGUGGCGGCCAGACUUUCUUGUUGAAGACGUACUUGGUGAGAAUGGUAUCGCAGUAGAAAACUAUCGCAUUACUGAGAUUAAUGCACGUUUUUCAUUUAAUGGGUUUCUUCAUUCGAUUCUUGCAUAUGAAGCCCUAGAAGACAUGGGAGCCGGAAAAAAUGGAUUGAGGUGUGCAGCAAAUCCAAGAAAGUUACUUGAUGGAGCCAUCAGUCUUUUUCAGACAGGAGUUCCAUUGCACCUUCUGAAAGGCAAAGAACCGGGCAUGGAUAUCCACAUGCUCCUUCAUACUAUUGAACAGCGGUUCGGCUUUAGACCCAGAAUCAUCACUCCAGCACAGCUCAGGCUUUUCCCUUCUGAUGACGGCAGCGGAUAUAAGCUUUGCUGUCUAGUGGGAGAAUAUGAGAAAAUCUCCCCCUUUGCCUGGCAGACCAAUGUUGGUGAAUUUGUUGAGGAAAUCUACCAACUCGGCCUUGAGCUACAUCAAUCAGAGCUCCUCGCUCUAGAGCCGGAGAUGCUACGCCAGAUUAGUCUCCAUUGUUUUAAUGACUUACGUUCAAUAUUUCUGACACAUGAUAAGCGAAUGCUAGGCAUAUUGAAGCAAGAGUUGAAUUCGCUGGUUACAAGAUGCGUGAUUACUGGUGCACAAGCAAAAAUUCUUGAUCAAGGGAUUGCGGAUACAUACCUUCCUGGAUCAAAAGAAUUGGAGAGACUCUUUUGUCUAGCGGAACAGUUUCCGGAUUUACGAAAAGAGUUUAUUCUGAAGCCUAUUCGUAGUGGCAAAGGAGCGGGAAUUGUGUUUGGUGAAGAAUUCACAGCUGAAGACUGGAUCUCCGCUUUACAGCUUCAACGGAGCACUCAGAUAAUCCCAGGAGUUACCUGUGUGGUGCAGCGUCGAAUUACCCCAAGACUUUAUGGUCUUGUUCUAAGCUCUUCCGGUGUUUGUGUUCAAGUUCAAAAUCCCCUCGUCGGAACAUAUUUUGUCGUACACGGGAGAUUGCUUGGCCUUGGUUUAUGGCGUAGCAGUCCUGACAAGAUCUGUGCUAUCAGUAAUGGAGGAGCCUGGGUAUGCUCAGUCAUUUCUCAAGAUGAACUUUAGUAUUUUGAUAGCUUAUGUUUCGAUGCCUUCGUUGCUUCAGUGAUUUAAUUUAAUUUUUUGGGUGGUUUUAAACAAUGUUUACUACGAACUUGAUUUUAUCUCAUUUUAAACAAAAAGACUUUAUUAGACAAAUGCACACAGGAGAAAUAUCCUGAGUCAAUAUCUAUCCAAUAAAAUCUGUGCUGCUCAGAACAACGUUUAAUAAUUCACAUUAUUUUCCUGAGACUUAUACUCUGGACGAUUAAUAAUGAAAUACGCUCUAUUUCCAGGCCAGGUGUAAGUACUAGAUAGCGUUGUCAAUAUAUAGAACA